AGACUUCCGGAAGCCAGAGUGUAGUAAGCUACUGAGCUGACCAAUAGUUCCCGAUCUUCGGAUGGAGGCGCCGGGACCAGUCAGACCAUUCAGGAACACGCUUUCUCAGGGUUCCUCUUAUCUUCACAACUUCUUGUGAUUGGAUGAACGAGAAAAGUUCCCGAGCUUUGAAUAAUAUUUUUGGGGAAGACUGAAGAAGGGAAGAAAGGAGAGAGAGGAUGGAAUCCGCUUUGAGACCAAACAGAAACUACAACUCCCAGAAUGCACAAGGAGACGGAAGUGAAGGGGUGGGGUAAGGAAAGUACCCUGGCGGCUGCGCCGAGGCCACGCAAAUACGUCAUUCGUCACGUGGUACCGGUAUGGCUGUGUUUGUGGAUUUGAACCUAAGGAAGAGCUCAGACACUAAAGCACUUAAAGGGCUUGUGGAGAAUGCAGCUCACCUUGGAUAUUCAACUGUUGCCAUUAAUCAUGUUGUGGACUUUAAGGAAAAGAAACAGGAAAUUGACAAACCAAUAGUUCCUUCUGAGCUCUUUUCCUCUUUACCUAUUGUCCAGGGGAAAUCGAAACCAAUUAAAAUUUUAAGUAGACUGACACUAAUAGUAUCAGAUCCAUCACACUGCAAUGUUCUGAGAGCAACAUCUUCUCGUGUCAAGCUAUAUGACAUUGUUGCAGUUUUUCCUAAGACAGAAAAACUUUUCCAUGUUGCUUGCACUAGUUUGGAUGUGGAUUUAGUAUGCAUAACAGUAACAGAGAAGUUGCCUUUUUACUUUAGAAGACCUCCUAUUAAUGUGGCAAUUGAACGAGGCAUUGGGUUUGAGCUUACUUAUUCUUCUGCCAUUAAAGACUCCACAAUGAGGAGAUACACCAUUUCCAAUGCACUUAGUUUGAUGCAGAUCUGCAAAGGGAAGAAUGUAAUUGUAUCUAGUGGUGCAGAAAGGCCUUUAGAAAUAAGAGGACCGUAUGACAUAGCAAACUUAGGCUUGUUGUUUGGACUCUCUGAAAGUGAUGCCAAAGCAGCAGUAUCCACAAAUUGCAGGGCAAUACUUCUUCAUGGAGAAACCAGAAAGACUGCUUUUGGUAUUAUUUAUACAACAAAGAAGCCAAGAACAACUGAAGAGGAUGACAGUGUUCCAGCAUGCAAAAAAGCCAAAUGUGAGGACUGACAAAAAAGUGCCUUGACUUUCAUCAGCCCAUCAUUCUCCUUUCAUCGAUUGACACCAACAUUCGUGAAGAAAACACUUUUCCUGGAUUCCUGCUUGAAUUUUAUCUUGGAAUUGAUCAUUUUAUAAACUUUCAUAUUAUAGUUAAUAAAAAUAGGGAACAGACUAAUGAACUACCAGUAAUAACCUUAGAAUUGAUUAAUUUAGAUAAACUUUGUUUAAAUGAAAAACAGAAUAAUGCUAUUGUUCCUGCUUGCCAAGUAAGACAUUGUAAAGAACAUAGUUAACAAAAUGUUUUAAGUAAUUGAAAUGUCACCUUAUCUCUAUCUCUUGUUCUUUAAAUAUUUUAAUGCUCUUUUAUACAAUAGUUUUAAUAAUUUAGAGCAGCUAUGUACUUCGGGAGAUAGAUUGUUCAGGCCUGAAGUCAGGAAGGCUCAUCUUCCUGAGUUCAAAUCCAACCUCAGAUACUUACCAGCUCUGAGAUCCUGGGCAAGACACUUAAGUCUGCCUUGGUUUCCUUAUCUGUAAGAUGAACUGGAGAAGGAAAUGACAAACUACUCUAGUGUCUUUGCCAAGAAACCCCAAAUGGGGUCACAAAGAGUCCCUAAACAAUAAAUCAGCAACUUAAUUUAUUUUUUCCAUAUUGAUACUCAAGAUAAAUAGUAUAGUUAGGGGAAUAUUAAAAUUUGCCCUUUGAGUAAAACAGUUGUAAUAUUGAAUUUGAGGUAAACUUGUCCUUUUUCCGGAGGUGGAGCAUCUUUUUUCUUUUAAAAUUUUGUUGCAGGGGGCAGCUGGGUAGCUCAGUGGAUUGAGAGCCAGGCCUAGAGACCGGAGGUCCUGGGUUCAAAUCUGGCCUCAGACACUUCCCAGCUGUGUGACCCUGGGCAAGUCCUUGACCCCUAUUUUCUAGCCCUUACCACUCUUCUGCCUUGGAGCCAAUGCACAGUAUUGACUCCAAGAAGGAAGGUGAGGGUUUUUAAAAAAUGAAUAAUGAAAUGAAAUUUUGUUGCAUAAGAAAAAAAUAUUACUGUAUUUGUUUUUAUACAAUGGAUGUUUCCUAACAAAUACUUAAAUGAAUCCCUUUACGAAAUAUAUUCCCCCCACACCCAACAAGCCGGAUUUCUUAACAGAAAGGAGAACUAUGUUUGUUCACUGAUAGUAUCAACAUUGAUCAUUGAUUGUAUUUUAACAAUUUGUGGCUUUUCAUUGUUGACUUGAUAUAUUUUGUAGGAAAAAUCAUGUAACUUGUUUAGCUCUGCUUUCUUCACAUGACUUCUUAAAUCUUUCAUGUUUCCCUGAAUUUUUCAUAUUUGUUAUUCUUUACAGUGCAAUAUAUUAGGUCAUUAUAUUUAUACACCAUAAUUUGUUCAUUCCCUAAA